GGGGCUUGGUGCAUCAGCAACAUGGGUUGCAAAACAAGAUCCAUGUAUUUUGUCUUUUGCUGUAUGUACUUCAUGUUUCUUCACUUGUGUUGCAAAGCCCAAAAUGAGAACAUGAGAAGUUGUAGAACAGCCCCCAGUGAUUUAGUAUUUAUAGUCGAUGGCUCUUGGAGUGUGGAUGACACAAAUUUUGAGAUAGUAAAACGGUGGCUGGUAAACAUUACAACAAGUUUUAACAUUGGUCAAACUUUCACCCAGGUUGGGGUUGUCCAGUACAGUGAUGACCCUGUAUUACACAUACCACUUGGAAAACAUUAUUCAACCACAGAUCUCAUCAGAGCCAUGGAGUCCAUAGAAUAUAUGGGGGGCAACACCAACACCGGAAAAGCCAUCAAAUUUGCCGCUGACAAACUAUUUGCACUAUCUGAGCGAGGCCCAAAUGGGAUUGCAAAGAUUGCUGUGGUUUUAACAGACGGGAAGUCGCAAGAUGUAGUGAUGGCGGCUGCAGAGGCCGCAAGGAAAAAAGGGAUCAUACUAUUUGCAAUUGGUGUUGGGUCUGAGACAGAGGGGGAGGAGCUAAAAGCAAUAGCCAACAAGCCAUCUUCAACCUACGUUUUCUAUGUUGAAGACUUUAAAGCCAUCUCCAAGAUUCGUGAAGUUAUUAGACAGAAGCUGUGUGAAGAAACUGUAUGUCCAACAAAAAUACCAGUUAACUCCCGAGAUGAGAAAGGAUUUGACAUUCUUCUUCACCUAAACUUGGCCAAAAAAGCCAAAAAGACGCAAGGAUCCUCUUAUGGAAUGAAAGCCUACCAGGUGACACAACGAGACGAUUUAACUGAAAAUACCAGGGCUUUGUUUCCUGAUGGGCUUCCUCCAUCAUACGUGUUCGUGGCCACACUUAAGUACAAAGGCUCCGUACUUAAAGAGAACUGGGAUCUAUGGAGGAUUCAGACUACGGAUGGAGAGCCACAGAUGGCAGUAACUUUGAAUGGCUUUAAAAGAACUGUCGUGUUUACCACAUCAAGCAACACAUCAAGUGGAACACAGACAGUGGUUUUCACUAAGUCACCAGCAAAAAAACUUUUUGAUGAACAAUGGCAUCAGCUGCGUCUUCUAGUAACAGAGGAAGAUGUCACUCUUUACGUUGAUGACUUGGAAAUUGAAACUUUGGUCCUGGAACCUCCCGUUGGCAUUUUUAUCAAUGGAAAGAUACAAGUUGGAAAAUAUGUCAACAAAGAAAGCACUGUUCCUUUUGAAAUACAGAAACUACGAAUCUACUGUGACCCUGAGCAGAAUACCAGAGAGACUGCUUGUGAAAUUCCUGGAGUUUGUACCAAUGGACCAGCUGAUUUUGAUCCAACCCCUGAGCCAUGUAUCUGUCCACCAGGGCCACCUGGAACUCCAGGCUUAAAGGGAGAGGAAGGAGGAACUGGAGAUCCUGGUAAACCUGGUCCUGUUGGUGCUGAUGGUAAGCCUGGUGUUCCUGGGCCAAGAGGAAGUCCUGGUCCUCAAGGCCCCCCUGGCGUAACGGGGCUUCGUGGUGAAGAUGGAUAUAAGGGUGAAAAGGGAAGUGUUGGAGAGCCUGGUGAAAGGGGUGUGUCAGGCAUGCCUGGACCACCAGGUCAACCAGGUGAAAAGGGGGCUCUUGGCCCUCAAGGUGGGCAAGGAAUACCAGGCAAAGAUGGGCAACUGGGUGAAAAGGGAAACAGGGGACCUCCCGGCAUACCUGGAUUUCCAGGAAAACCUGGAGCACCUGGAAGAGAAGGGAUGGAUGGGAUUCCAGGAGGGAUUGGACAAAAGGGGGAUACAGGAGCCCCUGGCAUUCCUGGUCAGGAUGGAAGAGAAGGACAUCUGGGCCUGCCAGGAUUGCCUGGAAGUGAAGGACCACCGGGGCAAAAGGGUGAAGAAGGAUUACCAGGACUGAAGGGCACCAAAGGUACAGCUGGGGACAAUGGUGAGAUGGGUUUGCCUGGAAUGCCUGGCUCACCUGGAUUACCUGGACUUAAGGGCAGUAAAGGAGAUAACGGUGUACCAGGUGUACCUGGAAUCUCUGGGCAACAGGGUCAGUCUGGAGAACCAGGGAGCCCAGGUCAGCCUGGACAUCCAGGUAUGCCUGGCAUGAAGGGAUCUAAGGGAGAAGUAGGACACUCGGGUGAAAAAGGAGAGGAGGGUUUUAAGGGUGAAAAAGGAGAGCCAGGAAAAUAUGGUGAGAAGGGUUUACCUGGGCAGACUGGCCAAAAAGGAGAGAAAGGGACAACAGGAGAGCCUGGCCAGAUGGGGCAGCUGGGCCACCAGGGGAUGCCAGGAAUGCCAGGACAACCAGGUCUUUCUGGAUCCAGAGGACAGAGUGGAGAUACAGGACAACCUGGACCACCUGGACCUGAAGGACCACCUGGUAGAGAGUUGUCUGUUGUCCGAAUUCAGCAGAUAUGCCGGGACAUUCUUAGAUCUGAGAUUCCUUCACUUCUUCUUAGUAGCCAACACAGAGGUUGUGACCAUUGCCGAACAAGGCUAGGAACCCCUGGGCCACCAGGGCCUGUAGGUUCCAAAGGUUCAAGAGGUUUUUCUGGAGUACCGGGAUCUAAUGGGUUACAUGGCCAUCGGGGUUUACCUGGAAGACCUGGUAUGCCUGGCAUGAAAGGUGAUCCAGGAGAAAAAGGUGAAAAAGGAAACCAAGGGCGAUCAGGAAUUGGAGACCCAGGUGAACCAGGACCUCCAGGUCCAAUGGGCCCUCCAGGCGCCAGCAAAUCUGGCCAUCCUGGGAAACCAGGCUUUCCCGGGCGUGAUGGCAGAGAGGGUAAGCCAGGUUAUCCAGGAGAACCAGGGCCACCAGGUGUGUGCCAUCCAUCUAUGUGCUAUGGUUCUGUUUUAAGAGGAGAUCCUUUUAGUAAAGGGCCAAACAACUGAAAAACAAACCCUGAAUGAAACCCAGACUGCCAGUCUGGAUGUGGUGCUCAGAGGAUGAAAGAAAAAAUAAACAGCAAAACCUUACAAACUCAGGAUGAAUAUAUUUUGAAGGGUAUCUCAAAUGCAUGGAGACAUUAAGUACCUCUAAUAUUGUGAAUAAUAAAAUGCACCCUUGCACAGAUUAUACAGCAUUUUCCUCAACAUCACAAACUGUUCUUGUUUCCCACUUGCUUUUCUGUGUCAUUCAGUACCGACAGCUGCUAAUUAAUGGUGCAAAACACAUCAGAUCAAUGGAAGCAUCAAGUGACUGCAGCACUAAACUUCAUUUAGAUUUUGAAUAAUACACAGGGCGCUAUGAAUUUUCUGACUCUGUAGCACCCUCCAGUGUUUGUCUGUAGCUUCUCAACCAUCACGUACUAACAACCUUUUCAUCUUAAACUGCAUUUUCUAGCCCAAAGUUGCAGUGUACGUUCUCUGCUCUCUGAAGUCCUACUUUUUUGUCAUUGCAUAAAUGUAAACCAUAAAACUGCAUGAUUUUAUAAAGGUCAAGUGUCUGCUUAUCUGUUAAAUGAUUUCCUCAGUGCCUUAAUCAUUCGAUCAUAAUGGAUAAAUUGUAAUGCUCAUUGUAAUGUUACUAUAAAUUUGCUCUGGAUGAAAAUGUGAGCUUGUUACCAAACUGCUAUGAUUUAUAUUAUAUUAUUUGUAAUUGUUUUUAUAACAGGAUAAUAAUGUCACUGUUUUAAUGUUUUUUUUUCUUCUUUUUUUGCAAUGUUUAAGUUUUCU